GAGAACACCAACAUACAUACACACUUCAACCGAGAGUGCAGCUCAACAAAGCUGAGUGGCCAUCGACCGAGCAAAUGACCACCACCCACCGACUAACCACGAGGCUCCGUUCCGAAGUCGCACGAGCCUUGACCGGCCGGUCUGCUCGUCCACUGGAAGCGCGAGGCCCGCGAGUGAGCAGCCGUCCCGUCCGGCCGGCCGGCCGAUCCGACUGUCAAGCUUACUCCAACUCGAGCUCCUCGUCCGCCAGCCAACAGGCCUCGUCUUCUUCUUCUUCCGGCACCUCCUCAGCCUGGUCCGAUGGCGUCGCUGCUCAGGCUAUCUUCGGCUCCUUGGGUGGCGUCUUGAUCCUCGGAUUCGGUGGAUAUCUGUAUCACACUUGGUAUAAAUACUCGGUCUUGGAGAAGAUGGCCGUCGCUUUUGAGCCUGGUUACGAUCCUGUGUUAGUCUUGAACAAGGCAUCUGAGCGGGUGCCCAACAGACCUGAGCUAUCUCGGCCGAGUUACAAGUCGAGUCUCGGUGCGGGUUCGCAGGACGAGGCCGAGGCCGAGGAAGAAGCUGAGGACGAGGAGAGGGCCGAGCAGAUCACUUGGAUCGCUCGCCGUGAGCAGGAGCUGAUCGACCAGAUCAUUCAUGGUCAACUUGCUGGACAGUAUUGGCUCAUCACCGGCCCUAAAGGCACUGGUAAAUUCUCGCUGAUCGCUGAUGCUAUGACUAGGAACCAAGCGGAUGGCAUCGCGGUUUGUGAAUGUAGUGACAACUUGGAGAUCUUUAGACUCCGAUUAGGAAAAUGUCUGAAUUUCGAAUACGCUGAAGAUUACAUUGGCGGCUUGUUUUCGAGAAGGGAUCCUAGGGAAGGUGGUCCAUUGGUCGACAUCGAGCGCGCUUUAAAUAAAUUAGAAAAGGUUGCUGUUGCUUAUCACACGAAAAACUUGCGACCUUUGGUCUUAGUAUUCAACAACAUACACCAUCUGAGACAGGACGAGGGCUCAUACAGUCUCCUCCUACAACUGCAACAACGAGCCGAGUCAUGGUCCCAGGCGGGGAUAGUGACGUUCGUGUUUUGUUCGGACGACCAUUGGCCGUACGCGUUGUUGAAGAAGAACGCAUCGAGGAUGUCGGUCUUGACCGUCAAGGAUCUCACCAAACAGGAGGCCAUCCGAGCCAUGCGCUCCGAGCGCAUCAAACUCUGGGGCGAAGCCCGGGCUGCUGAUGAUCCCGAAAUCGAAUCGAUCUGGAACUUGGUCGGCGGUAGGAUCGCGCAUCUGAGUGCUUGCAUGAAACAUAAGGAUAUGAUCCAUGCUGCUAAACUUAUCAUCGAGAGGGAAAAACAAUGGCUUUUAUCUCGAAUUGGGUUGAUUGUCGACUGUGACGAUGAUGUCAUGGAUGAACAGAAAUGGGCAUCCGCAUCCUUCCUGCUAAUGCAAGCCUUGGUGAAAAAUGCCGAUGAAACCGCGGCUUCCCAGCCGGACUCUGUCAACCAUUCCCAUUAUCCCAAAGGGAUCCCAUACUCGGUGGCUCGACAGGUGAUGACUCGGACGGACUUCCUCUCACAGUUAGAUCACGAGAAUAUGAUUUCUAUCGACACUGACUAUCAUAUCAAGCCCAACUCGAUCGUCCUGUUAAAUGUGAUCAGGGAACUGUGUAACGAGCCAGAUUUCCAGGGACGAUUGGAUAGCGUUCUGGAACGGAUCGGCGACAUCGAAAGUCUGGGUCGGACGAGGGAGCUGCUUUGGAAAUCGGGUAAGGAUGGCCAUGGGGUGAUGAAUAUCAAGAUUGAGGAUCAUCGACUGGUGUAAUCUAUGGCCUCUUAGGACUUACUCCCCUCCCUCAAACAUCUGUUUUCAGUCCGAAAGCAUCUCUCUUUCCUUGAUGAAAACAUGGUCAAAAGACUCUUUGUAUUCCAUCUUGGAAGGUAACCAAAACAAACAAAAUAUUGAAGAUGGUAUCUGGUACUCUUCUAAUGAUCAUUCGAUAAUUCUUAUGAGAGUUUUAUAUA